ACGGCUCAGAUGAUUUUUGAACAAAUCAUAUAUUCAGCAUCCACCCUAGAAAACAAAAUUGACGGCGGUUAAGAUGAAACAAGAACCAGAGAGCACGAUAGAGGAAGAGGAACAUGAGGUGUAUGGAGCAGAAAUCCCCGACGUCGGAGAGAUGGAAGGCGACGUCGACAUGUCCGCCGCCGACGAGGACGCCGUCAAGGAGCUUGACGAGAUGAAGAAGCGUUUGAAGGAGAUGGAAGAGGAAGCUGCUGCUCUUCGCGAGAUGCAGGCUAAGGUCGAGAAGGAGAUGGGCGCCGUUCAAGAUCCUUCUGGUGCAGCUGCUAAUCAAGCAGGCAAAGAGGAGGCAGAUUCACGAUCAGUUUUUGUUGGCAAUGUGAGAAACAUAAUGCUCUUUUCUAAACUAAUUUUCGUUAUAGAGAAAGUAUCAGCCAAUGGUUUUUUAGAGUACUACAUGUUUUCUGUGGUAGUAGCCUAGUAGGUGUCAUUUUCUUAAGUUUUCUGUAACCAAUGCUAAGGAGCAGCUCGUUUUGAUGAGUUUCUUAAUGGCAUUGUUUAGUUGGAUAGACAUUGGAUUUGAUUUCAAGUUUUUCAAAAUACAUGAUUAUUGUUACAGCAGUCUUUCAGUGUAUGACAUUUAUAGUUAUAAGUUGUAACCCUGUACUUAAUAGGAUGAAACUUUUAGUGGGAACAUAAUCUUCCCAUAUGUGGUUAUUCUGCUGAGAUGAUGGGGUAUAUUGUUCUUUGGAUGGGUUUUAUCUGUAGAAUCCAUUAGCUUCUUAAAUGUCACUUCAUGGAUUUGUAAGCUUCUAUUGGGUGGAAUAAGAAUUUCAACAGCUUGUGAGGAUUUGGCAUUUUGAUCUUUUGUCAUCCCUGUCCUUUUAAGUAGCUUAAGAUCCACAUAACAUGAUACAAAAGAGAAUCUUGAGGACAUGGAUUGAUAGACACUUGCUAGACUUUUGCCUGUGCUAGGUGAAGUAUUUUUUUGAAUUGCCAAAAUUAUUAACAAGCUUAGUUAUGUUGGUUUAAAUACUUCUGUUUCUUCCUGAAUUAAACUUUUAACAUUACCUAGAUCUUUUUUAUUCAAGACCUCUUUCCUUUCCUAUAAUUCACUUUGUUGUGUAGGCCCCAAAUUUAUUUCUAUCCUUGCAUUUUUUCCACAUUGCUUUAUGUGCAACAUGUUUGGUUUCUUUUUCCUCUUUAGGGCUUGACUAAUACUUAAAUUUUGUAGACUAAUUUCUCUCUGGAUUUGGAUUGGCUGUGGGUGAUUCUGAGCUUUAGAAUUAUGGUUUGACUAUGUGUCUAACUAUGAUCAGAGGGUUGUAAAAACUCAUCAAGUUCCUGUAUGUUUUUGCCAGAAUAGUUACAGUCUUUCUUUAUGAGAGCGUUCAAAAGCUACUAUGGGUAAUAGACCUGUGCUAAGAGA